CUCAGGGUAUUUAAAAAGAGGCCCAGAAAGCCGUGCCUGAAGAGACACAGGCCAAAACGACACAAAAAAUGGACGAUAAAACAAAUUCAGUUCCAAAAGGUAAAAUAAAUGAUGAGAAAAAUGACAAAGAGUUUGAAGAGGCCUCAGCGGUGGUCGCGAAGCACGUCAAGCUGCUGCGGGAGUAUAACCAGAUCAAGGACGUGGGGCAGCAGCUGAUGGGUAUGGUUGCCGAGAAGAGGGGUGUCACUGUGGGAAGUCUGUAUGAGACUGGGGAGUUUGGCGUUGGGCCGAAGGAUUGAGCUGGGGAUGGGAUGGACUGGGCUGGGAGGUGUUUUGCUCUUGUGGUGUUGGGGCGGAUCUGGGAGACUGGGAUGAGGGAGACCUGAAGUCGAGCUCGAGUCUGCUUGAUUGAUGCAAUGCAAUGAGAUUGACAGGGGGAAUUCGAGAACUUCUGAUGAAAGCAGCUGAACGUCCUUGUCUAUAUUCCCAAAAUCAGAGUCCGAGAUACCCCAACCGGCAGGUUCGCUGCUAGUAGCUAGAUGACCUGUCAUCCUUUCAACUUUGACACCCCGCCAUCAUUGACGAACGCAGCCUCGCCGGAUAUUAGUGAGCUGUGUGUGUCUAGGUGACUCCGAUCUUUUCAUUAGCCCUUAUAAAACUGAGAAACG